UAACCCUUCAGAUAAGGAUGCCAAACUGGGGAGGAGGAGCCAAGUGUGGGGCCUGUGAGAAGACAGUGUACCACGCUGAGGAAAUCCAGUGCAAUGGACGGAGUUUCCACAAGUCGUGCUUCCUCUGCAUGGCUUGCAGGAAGGCUCUGGACAGCACCACGGUAGCAGCUCAUGAAUCUGAAAUCUACUGCAAAACCUGUUAUGGGAGAAAAUACGGCCCCAAAGGUGUUGGCUUUGGACAAGGGGCCGGAUGCCUCAGCACUGACACUGGAGACCACCUGGGAUUGAAUCUGCAGCAGGGGUCACCAAAGCCUGCUCGCCCUUCAACACCAACUAAUGCUUCAAAGUUUGCCAAAAAGAUGGUAGAUGUGGAUAAAUGUCCCCGUUGUGGCAAAUCAGUGUAUGCUGCAGAGAAGAUCAUGGGAGGAGGAAAACCUUGGCACAAGACCUGUUUCCGCUGUGCUAUUUGUGGGAAGAGUUUAGAAUCCACGAACGUCACGGACAAGGAUGGAGAGCUCUACUGUAAAGUUUGCUAUGCAAAAAAUUUCGGUCCCAAAGGAAUUGGGUUUGGUGGCCUCACUCAAGUGGAAAAGAAAGAGGAUGAAUGAGAAGAAAUGGAUGCAACAGACAAACUGCUGUUGAUGCCACCAAGUGAUAGCUGCCAAGUAAAACAUUAAACAACACAUACUGCUAAGAACCUAGGGCAUUUCAUUAAGAUUUUCCUUGCAGGAAAAAAGUGUAUCUUAAGAAAUUCUUAGAGUAGAGCAAAAAGGUACAGUAAUAAAACUAGAGUCAUGUUUGUGUUCAGCAUAUAAAGACAAGGAACCUCAUGGAACAUUAUUGCUUCUUAAAUUAGUACUUGUCACAUUUUAGACUGGAAUUUUAGACACAUAGUGCCCCAUUAUGAUAGGGAUCCCUACUGGAGUGAAGGGUCCAGGUGUUCCCAGUUAGAUUGGAUUUUCUUUCGUUCACAAUGUUAACCUGUCUGUAUUUCCACUAAUCUCCUAGUUGAGUUUUGAACAUGCUGGCAUCUGUGUUAUAACAAGUAAAUGUUAUUUGCUUUGAGACAAUUUUAAAGGAUUUGAAAUUCCCUCUCUGAGGGAGGUAUUUCUAAAAAAACCCCAACAUUUUCUCAGAAUACAGUGUUGUAAGUUUUGUCUGUUUUCAAGCUACAAUAAAGUACUUACUGCUUCACAUUAUUUUUAUUUGUGUUUGUUUGUGCUCAUACAUUCUACAAUGUUUCAGAUAAAUGGAUUUCACCAAGAUAAAUGAAACUCCCCAUUCUUAACUGCAAGAAUUGCAUUCCACUACAUUACUUUGAUGUCAGUUCUAGAUGGUAUCUGACUUUAAUUUCACAUCCUGGACUCCUUCUCAGCUGGUUUUCAUUGUUACCUACUUUAACUUACAUUCAUAUCACACUGUCCAGAUGGCCCUUCUUUUUCUGGGGAAUGUGGCUGACAUCAGCUGUUACAGAUGGAGUGGGGAACAGUUCCCUCUUUUUAUAUACAUUGGUACUUUCCAUAACAAACUUACCUUUUUUCAUACCCUAACAGGGCAUAUAUAUAUAUAUGUGAAAAACAUAAGGCAA